AUGGCGGCCAAGGCCUCGCACUCGCACGUGAAGCUGGAGGCGGAGAUCGAGCGGUGCCGGGCGGAGGGGCACUGGGGGCGGCUCCGCCACCUCGCACAGCAGCUGCUGCCGCCGCGGCCCCCGCGCAAGGCGAAGGCGGCGAGGGGCGCGCAGGACGCGGAGGACCAUGGGAGUUUGCUGCUUGCAGAGGCUCUGCUGGAGGAAUGCUUGAAAGAAAAUUUUGCCAAACUGAAGGACUCCAUUCCACUGUCAGAGAAGAGUGAGCCCAAACUGGGUGAAGCUAAACAGUAUCUGACCAAUAUCUUAAGCAGAGGGAAACUAAGACCGAAGUACAUGACAGAAGCUAUGCUGAUCCUAGGAAAGCUGCAUUAUGUGGAGGGAUGCUACAGAGAUGCCAUCAGCAUGUAUGCAAAAGCAGGAAUUGAUGACCUUUCAACCAAAGAGGAACCUCUGUACAUGCUGCGUUUGAUAACUGAAGCCUUUGUUAUUAAAGGUUUGUCACUGGAGCGCUCAACCAACUCAAUUGCCUCACGUGCUCGACUGUGUGAAAGGGAGGAGGAAGUCAUGGCUUGUUUUGAGAGAGCCUGUGUUAUUGCCCAGGUAUACUUGCAGGAGCUUGAGAAGACCUUAAACAACACACAUUCAAGGAGUAUCAAGGGCAGCAAUGUGACUUACUCUGAGUUUGAACUUUCCUACUUUCUGGAAGCAGCUCUACAGAGUGCCUACGUGACUCAGUUAAAAAAAGGAAAUAUUGUGAAAGGAAUGAGGAGUCUGCGAGAAGUACUACGGACUGUAGAAACAAAAGCUACUCAGACCUUCAAAAUGACUGCAGCCAAACAGUUAGCCCAAGUACUUCUGCAUUCCCUCAGUGAAGACUGUUACUGGAGCCCUUUAUCUGAUCCACUUCCUGAGUUCAUGAACAAGGAAUAUCAGUCUUAUGUUAGCAAUCUUCUUUGUCGGAGGCCCGAGCUGUACUCAGAAGAGAAUGUGUACUGCCCUCAAGACAAUGUAGAAGAGGCUCUUCUCCUCCUCCUAAUCAGUGAAUCCAUGGCGAACCGGGACGCAGUGAUCAGCCGCGCCCCAGAGCAGCAGGAUGACCGAGCUGUCAGCCUCCGGGACGCCUCUGCAGUCUACGACCUCCUCAGCAUCACACUGGGCAGAAGAGGGCAGUAUGUGAUGCUGUCUGAGUGCUUGGAGAGAGCCAUGAAGUUUGCAUUUGAUGAAUUUCACCUCUGGUACCAGCUUGCCCUGUCCAUGGUAGCUUGUGGAAAGUCGGCAUAUGCUGUGUCAGUGCUCAGAGAGUGUGCUAAACUGCGACCUACAGAUCCCACCGUGCCUCUGCUGGCUGCCAAGGUCUGCAUUGGGUCACUGCACUGGCUGGAAGAAGCAGAACAAUUUGCUAAAAUGGUGAUAGACCUGGGGGAGGAUGCUGGAGAGUCCCUGGCAAAGGGUUACCUGGCACUGGGCCUGACAUACAGCCUUCAAGCUACUGAUGCUACUCUAAAGAGCACUCAGGAUGAAUUAAACAAGAAAGCACUUCAGUCUUUGGAGAGAGCACAUGACCUGGCCCCCGAAGAUCACCAGAUCAUCCUCUACCUGUCACUGCAGCUGGCUCUUGUCAGACAGAUUUCAGAUGCUAUAGACCAUCUUCAAGAAGCCCUGCAACUGUGCAAAGAUGACAUGAAUUCACUUCAUCUACUGGCCCUCCUCUUUUCAGCUCAGAAGCACUAUCAGCAUGCACUGGAUGUUAUCAACAUGGCUGUUGUUGAAUACCCAGAAAGCUUUAGCUUACUCUUCACCAAAGUAAAACUGGAAUGGAUACAUAAAGGACCUGAAGAGGCUCUGGUGACAUGCAGACAUAUGUUGCAGAUGUGGCAGAUGGUAUACAGUGUUUUACAGCACAGUGGCUCUGAGAAAGGAAGUAGUGUGACUGAAACACCAGUAAUCAAAAAGCAUAAUGGACUGCAUCUCACUCUGCCAGAUGCUCAUGACACUGACUCUGGUUCACAACGAGCCUCUUCCCUUGCUGCAUCAAGACUGGAACAGGCCAUGUCUGAAAUAACUAUGCAGAGCAGCACAAUGAAGCAGGGACCUGUGAAGCUCUGGACAACUCUUGAACAAAUUUGGCUACAAGCUGCUGAACUCUUCCUGGAACAGCAGCAUCUCAAAGAAGCAGGCUUUUGUACCCAGGAGGCAGCUAGUCUUUUCCCCACAUCUCAUGCUGUACUGUACAUGCGUGGGAGGCUUGCAGAGAUGAAAGGCAAUUUGGAGGAGGCUAAGCAAUUGUAUGAUGAAGCGCUCACCGUGAAUCCAGCUGGAGUGGAAAUUAUGCACAGCCUGGGCCUGGUGCUGAGCAGACUUGGGCGGAGGGAGCUGGCCCAGAAGGUCCUCAGAGACGCCAUCCGGAUCCAGACCACCAGCCACACUGCCUGGAACAGCCUUGGAGAGGUCUUGCAGGCUCAGGGCAAAAACGAAGCAGCCAUUGAAUGUUUCCUCACUGCCCUGGACCUUGAAUCCAGCAGUCCUGUCAUUCCAUUCACCGUCAUACCCAGGGAGCUCUGAAGCUGCUCCCCGCAGCUCUAAGCACUUGCAUUGCCUGGACAGACACCAAAACCAAGCAGAUAAACAAAGAGGCCCAACAAAAAGUGCCAUUGUAACCUGGAACUAGGCUAAGUAAUUCCAGGAUGGGGCUCAGGUCUACAGGCUUAGCUUAGACAAGCCAAACUGAAGAAGAAAUUGCAACAGGCAGGAACAGAGAAUGCCUUUUUCUUCACAUGUGCCUGGCUAACCUCCUGUUCAAGUUAAUAGCAAGGCUUAGUUCAAAGUGCUGGUUCAAGGUGACUGUAGAAAAAUCAUGCUAGGGUACAGCUGUUCAAAGCACUUGCACCUUUCAGUGUUGGUUGAAAAUAAAACCCCCAAGCCCUGAAUUAAAGCCCAGAAAUGCUCUAAAUAGGAGUAAAUUCACCAACUUGAGCAAGUUGUGUGUUAGUAUGUGGCUGUCUCCCCACAGAUCUGGCAGGACAAGAAUGACACUUGCACCAAAUAGACAUACAGUAUAUGCUGUUUACAAAAUUAUUUCAUCUAUUUUGAUAAUCCUUUUUCCUGCCUUGCUUUUAUAUACUGUAUAUGCUCACUAUAUUUAGUGUAGCACUCGCCUAGAUAAAUUUAAAAUUAAAUUUUAGUUUUAAAUUAAAAAUACUUUUUUAAAAAUAAAGCUGCUAUUGCAGUAUAACUCACAAAAACAGUAAGACCAAAGACCAAAUCAGUUCACACUUGAACUAGUAUUAAAAACACAUAAAUAUCUCCACUUACAUAUUUAUUGAAAGGCCUUACAUGAAGUAACUAAUUUUAAGCUCUGAGCUUCAUUCUUGCUAAUCACCUAUUGCAUCAGUUUAGCAAGGAAUAUAGUGUUUACCAGUAUAUAGUAACUGAACUCUGUGCUCUACCACAUUACCAAUCCUGGCACAAAACAUUUUCAUAUCCUUCUUCUGAUGAUGCAAAAGAAGGCAGCAGUCUUUUAAGGGGAAGUGUGCUGAAGGCAGUAUAUGUGUGCAUGAACUGCUUCUUCCUUAAAACUAAAUCCUUGGAUUGUCCAUAGGAGUUUCACAGUAGAGGUAUGGAGUGGAGCCUUCAGUGGCAUCAUUUUGCAUCUCCUGUCAGGUGUAAUAGUGAGGAGCUUCUGAUGCACACAGCCUCCCCAUGGCUGGGACAGCCAGGGAGGGGACACAGCUGGCACAGCCCCUGCUGAGCUGCUGCUCAGCUCUGUGUGACCUCCCCAGGGCCUUGGCAGGGAGGUGGAGCUGGACUGUGCUGUCACACAAGAGCCAACCCAGACCAGACCAGUCCCAAGAUAAAGAAGAUGCAACAAUUUGCUGCACUUUUCUACAAAAAAUAAAAAAAGGUUGGGGCUUUGCGCCCAUUUUUGUCCAAAGAUUUGUGACUAUUUACUAAGUAAGUUUGCACUAAAGCACACUUUGUACUAUAAUUCUGCCCAGUAUUGUGAUCCACAACUAGUUCACUCUGGAAAUAAUAAUAUCCUCAGGCAAUAAAUAAGAUGGCAUGUUUCUUGCAGAGCCUGAGGCUCUGGCAGCAGACUUGAAGUCAUUGUUGUUUACAGUUAUUUGGAAAUCUGCAGGCUAAUGGAGAGCUGGGCCCUUGUGCUGCUCCCAGCCCACACCAUCGGAGAGCUCCCGCCCCCAGCCUUCCCUCAGGAUGCCUGCACCAGGGGAAGCACACUGCUCUCAGGUUCCUCGCAGCAGCCUGGUGCACUCCAGGCCAAUAUUUUUAUUUUUUCCCCUUAAAUGAUGCAGAUGCAAUAGCCCAGCUUAUUUAUCUGUUCACUGAGGGAUUCCAGAUCUGAUGUAGGCUGAUUUCACUGCAGGUGAAAGCAGCCCAGCCGUGAAAGGUGCUCAGCCCAUGAGUCCUCUGGCUUUGCAGUGCCACACAGGCACCCAAAAGGACUUUUUUAGGCCAGGGGCAGGUUUCCUAGGAGACAGUGUUCCCCAGCCACAUUCCUUUUUGCAAUAGCACCAGCAGCAGAGGAAGGAGUAGGUGUUAAAGUAGCAGAAUUAAAGGAGUUUCAAGAAGACAAAAAGAUGCAGCAAGACACGUUUUGCUGCGAAGGAUGCUCUGAAGUCAGCUCACUCUGUACUACAGGGAGAAAGAGGGAAGGGGAGGGGAAAGAUGCUGUUGUUGACAUAAUAUGUAAAUUGUUACCUAGGUGUUUUAAGCCCAGUUUCACAGUCAGAUGCAAUCCGACAAUAGACUUAAGCAGAGAUAUAUAUAAAUAGAUGUUAUGUUCGGGUGUUUGUUCUGCCCCACAGUUGCCGGGGUGGGAGCGAGCCCUCUGUGUGUGGCACAGAGCCGGAGUCGCCGCUCCCUUGUGCCGUGAGUGUUUGCACAGCACUGCCAUAGCAACUUCUGUGCACUGGGCAGCCACUGCAGAACAAGCUGUGCAUCCACCUCUGCCACCCAGGAGCUGCUUGAAGAGGUCUGUAACGGGGCUGGGCCGUGACCUGGCAGGAGGGUGCCUGUCUCCCAGCAGCAGCUGAAAAGCAAACACUCACAGAUCCAUUUGCUCCUGCACACGUAGCUUGUGAGCAGCCAGCAGCCCAUCACGUUUGUUGUGAUCAGGCAAACUUCAUCCUGAUGAUAAUCACACUUGCCACAGCACUCAUCUUCCUGGAAGAGGGGCAAGCAUUAAAGAAUACUUUGAGUGCAUCAGCAAGUCAGGUGUUGCCAGGGUGGUCCCAUCUUGUGUGCAUUAAUGAGCGUUUCUGGCAUUGGAAUCUCAGUCCUAAGAGCCUCUGCUCCAUGUGUGGCAGGGAAGGUGUGCCUGAGUAAAUGCCAUCAUCACCAGCAAUCAGAGGGCUGUGGUACCCUCUACCAGCUCACCACACCACAGCACUCGCAACAACUGCAGACAAAGUACUUUGCAUACAUACUGGACUCAAUCCUGAGAUUUCCUGCCUGCUUCCCAGAGGAUGCAAAAUACCUCUUGGCUGGAAGGGUAUUGUAUGGGCUUGAAAUGCUCUGUACAAUGCAGGAAAGAGAGUGGUUGUUGCAGACUUACAAGUACUUUGGGGUUGAAUCCUCCAGUUAUAUUUGUUAAUCAUGCUCAGCAAAACGGAAGUCUUCCCAAACUUACAUGCUGCCUCUCUCACUCAACAUGGAUUUUGUUCACACUUCCAGAUACAGAAAACAAAGACAACUGCUUCAGACAAUCCUAUGUAUUGUAGUAUUUAUUUAGAUAGCAAUGUUGAUAAAUCUGAUAGACUUACCUCCCUGAGCUCAGUAAUAGGUGUGGCAGGGAAUCCUGGCAUGCUUAAUGCUCAGGGUUUGAGAUUUAAGAACAGAAGAUUUACAUCCCUGUCUCAUAUGAUUAUUGCAGAUCGUAAGUAAUGGAAGUUUGGGAAACAAUAAUUUUGGGGAACCAAUUCUGCAAGUUUUAGCACUGACUUGAGUCUUAGCAGAGUUUUCUCAUUCAUCAGUUUUGAAAGAGGAAGAUAAAAAGCCCAUAUCAUUGCCUAAAGUAUUAUGGUCCUCUUGUUCCACUACAAGAUUCUUUUCCAUUUUUUGGCAGAGUGCAUGCAAAAAGAAAAAAUAAUUACCUUCUGU